AUGCCCGCUUUUUGUAAUUCUACAGACGGGCACGUCUACUCUACUACUCCAUUACCCGGUUUUGGCCUCACAGUCUCUCAGAUUGGAUUCAUAAUAUGCGGUAUCUUCGCCAUUUUUACAGCAAGUAUAGCACUGUACCUCAUCCAAAGACAUGCAUGUAAUUAUACUCGUCCUGACGAGCAGCGACACAUCAUUCGUAUCAUUCUUAUGCUCCCCGUCUAUUCCGUAAUCACAACAUUCAGCUAUGGUUACUACUUCUGGGCCAUAUACUUCGAAGUAAUCCGAGAUUGUUACGAAGCCUUCGCACUCGCCUCUUUCUUCUUCCUCAUGACCUAUCUCAUAGCUCCGACUCUCCACGAACAAAAGAAAUUCUUCCGAAGAUGGGAACCAAAACCUUGGCCUUGGCCCGCAGACUGGUGUUUAAAAGUCGGCAUCCCGUUUCGCACCCCCCGUAGCGGUCUAACAUGGUUCAAUAUCAUCUGGAUCGGAACAUUUCAAUAUUGUGCUAUCAGAGUCGUUAGUACCUUCGUAGCCUUGGCGACACAAUGGUACGGGUUAUAUUGCGAGGAAUCAUGGUCGCCGGUCUUUGCUCAUCUUUGGGUUACGAUUAUUAUCAUUGUUAUGAUUUCGGUUGCGCUUUACGUCUUGGUGGCUUUUUAUACGGCGUUGAAGGAAGAGUUGGACCCCUACCGACCGUUCUUGAAGUUCAUGAGUAUCAAACUCGUGGUAUUUUUCAUCUUUUGGCAGAUGAUCAUUAUUAGCGUCCUAAUGGGUUUCCAUGUUAUGAAGCCUGGAGAAUAUGUUUCGGAGGGUGAUUUGGGAACCGGAAUAAAUGCGGUUUUAAUAUCGGUUGAAAUGUUUGGGUUCGCAAUCCUGCAUUUGUUUUCCUAUCCGUGGAGAGAUUACACGGAGGAAGGUUUGGCGGAGCGAUACAAGAGAAUGGGUAUCGCAGUUAAGGAUAUGGAAGUCACACGGAAAGGUGGCAAGUGGGGGUGGAAGGCAUGGGUUGAUGCUUUCAAUCCUUGGGAUUUCUGCAAAGCCACAGCUCGUGGUAUCCGCUGGUUGUUUGUCGGGCGUAAGACGAGGCACAAAGAUAGUAUCUAUGCCGCAGACGACGAAACCGGCAGCGGCAGUGGUGGGAUCGAAUCUCCAUCAUCCCCCACACUAGAUGAUAAAGAAGAUAUUCUCCCCAGUCAUACAAGAAGUGGGUCCAUGACUGGUCGACGCUUGGUGUAG